AUGCUCUUACGCUCAAUAAAGGAGGCUGCAAGCUUGUUACAGGCAUCACCCACUAAGCACAGCCAUAGUUCUGACAGCAGUACCACCGCACACAGGAUAUCUUCAACUGCACCCACCCCUUCACCGCCUCCUAUUGCGCAGCAACGCUCCACAACCUCGGAUCUUUCAUCACCUCCAGGAACACCAUCUCCCCUCCCACCACUUGCAAGGCAAACAGCGACCGGUAUUUCCAAGAAGUGUGUUAUUGAAAGUGAAGUCUCACCAACUGAAGAUGAAUUUGUGUCUUUCUCUGCAUUAGAGCUAGCAGCUUUUGACGAAGUUGAUAGAGAGUAUAAUGACAAAAAUAAGCCCCCCCCAACACUUGGGGUUAACUCUGCAGGGGGGUUUACUGCUGAUCAGCAAGGGGCAGCCCAGCCUCCCAUUUUAAAAUCACCAUUUGAGCUUUUCAACUGCACAUCCAAGUCGCUGGCACCCAGUUCUCAAAGCCCGCAUGCCAGCCACCAAAAUGCAGCUAUUGGGACACCUCCCAGAACAAAGAUACAUGUAUCCGGGCGUAUGGCUAAUGCCAUCCGUGAAAAGAUUGUUGAAGACUUGCAGCAAGUAGAUAAGUUGAUCCGAAAAAUUGCAGAGCAAAACGGCAUCGAAAUACAGCAAGUUGUCACCCUGUAUAACUCGAAGAAUUCUCGCCAAGGUGUUGCCCCAAAUCUCUGGGGAACAUAUCAAAUGUAUUUCCAGGAGAAUGCUGAACAGGAGUGCAAGCACCUUGUGCCCGAAGGAUCCAAUAUUGUUGUUGAUCACUUCACAAACCAUAUGUCAUUAUGCUACCGUGAUAAAACCGUUGGUACUUGUAAGCACAUAUUUACAAAGAGUGUGCAGAAAAUUGUUGACUCACUACAGUCCAUUGAGACGCUGUAUGGCUUUCAGUCCGUAUUAGUUAUGUGCGGUAAUAAUGUCAACCAUGACGAAGGGCUAGGAUCAUCGUUCGAAAGCUGUGAGGCUGAAGGUAAUGUUGUCAUGCAAGCAAUGAGGCAAUUGGUCAUCUCAAAAGUCUUGUUUAAAAACAUGUAUCUUCAAGGCUUGUUGGUGAACACUGGGCUACAGAUGUAG